CGAUCAUCUACGAUGCGAGAUACGCGUCAGCCGUGAACCUUGCGGUCUACUGGAUCUGUGAUUCUGUGGUCGUCGUCUCCUCCGGCUAUCCUUUCCUAUGCCUCUUGUGCACGUGCGUGCUCGUAAUCAGCACCACGUCGGAAGUCCGGUGGUGAACCAGGUUACCUGGAACUAGGAGCAGGCCUGUCGUGUCGUGUAUAAGCCGAAAUGACGGUGCGCCAGCGCUCUUGGUCUUCUGCUGCUGCCGACGCUGCUUCGAGGAAAGUGGCUGAGGCAGAAGCAGAAGCAGAGGCAGAAGCAGAGGCAGAGGCAGAAGCAGCAGCAGCAGCAGGACAAAGUACCUCUGCGUCCAUUCCCUUGAUUCCACAGGAUGCUGCCGUGCUGCUGCACAGAAUCGGAACGAGUGCAUCUCCCCAUGAAGACAAGGUGCCGCGGACAGGCCCCAAGGCAAUCGUGAUGCUGCAAGGCAAACCGCUCUUCUUCUUGAUCCUCACUUGGAUAUGCUUCGUUUUGUACAUAUUACAUCCUUCUUCGGAACCAUUAAUUGCAGGCACAAGCACGACAGAAUCCAGCGGGCCAUUAGACGUUUCCAGAGCAAGGCAGAAGCACACCGCCACCAGCAAGAACCCACCAGCAAAUCUGCACCUCGUGGUGCCGGCAUCCAAAGGCGAUGCAAACCUCUGCAAGGUCAUGGUCAGCGCGGGAAUCUUGGGAUAUCCCGAUCCGGUCAUCGUCAACUGGGGCGAGGACUUUGAUGAUCCCAAGUUUGUGGAGGGUGGUUCUCAUCUGGCCAAAGUCACGGGAAUCACAAGAUACCUCAAUUACCUGAACAGCUCUAUGGACAAUGAUCUCAUGCUGAUGGUAGACGGAUACGACAUCUGGCUUCAGCUCCGACCUCAAACUCUGAUCGAUCGCUACUUCUCAAUCAAUAAGCGAGCAGACGAACGCAUUGCGCGCGAACUGGGAAAUGCCGCAUCAGAGCACAACAUUCACCAGGAAGUCAUCUUUGGCUGCCAAAAACGCUGCUGGCCUUGGACGCAAGAUGACCCACCUUGCUACGCGGUCCCCUUCUCCGACUUACCAGAAGACAUCUAUGGCCCAGAAACAGACACGGACGUUGGAAACAUAGAGAAUCCCUUUAUCAAAUACCGUCCUCGCUACAUCAACUCUGGUGUGGUUAUCGGCACAGUGAAAGCCUUGCGAAAAAUGUUUGUUCAAGCUCUCGAGCUCCUCACUAACGAUCCUUUCGAAGCCAACAUGGGCUCUGAUCAAUACAUCUUCUCCCACAUCCUCGGCGACCAAGAAGUCUGGCGCGAGGCCCUCCGACAGGACUCCCGAAACAACCUUCAAAAGUUGAGGGAAAAGUUCAAAGGUGGCUACGAACCCCUGCAUCCUUUCAAUCCCUCCCACGUCGAAGAAGUCCGCAAGAAAGCCGCUCGCCGACCAGACAAGAACUUCGAAUUCGGAAUCGGACUUGAUUAUCGCAUGGAAAUCGGCCUGAACACCGUAUUUUCCGAAGAUGAUACCGCCUGGCUCCACUGGGCCAACCACACCGAACUCGCCGCAGCCGAAGAGCGCGAAAACAUCAGUCCCACACAUCCACACGGCGUGACCUCUCAGAACCUGUCCAGCGACAUCACAGACACCGUUCCCCCUUUCUGGACUUUCAAUCACGAGCCGAAAUUCCCUCGCUGGAAGAAAUGGACCGAAAUCCCCCUCUUCACCAACAUCUGGAGCGGCAUCGUCCCCACCGUCAUCCAUCACAAUGCGCAUCGCGAUGGCUUGAAAGCUUUGCGAGAGACGUGGUGGAAUCAGACGUGGUAUGCGGGACACACGAGAGUAUUGUAUGAUGCGCACAUUUGGGAACCCGUGAUUCCUGUCGCAUAUAGUGGGAAAGAAGAGGCCGAUUUGAGAGAGUAUUGGCCCGGGGAGAGAUGGAAAGGUGGAGGUAGGACGGGCCCGAAGGAAAUCUAUGAGCCGUGGGAGAAUCGGUGGGUGCGAUUUGAUGAUAUUUGUCGACCAUUUCAUGAAGAGGUUUUUCGAGAUGGGUUGGGAGAGUGGGUUUUGCCGGAUGUUCAUUGAGAUGUAUAUGUUGGACUUGUUCUUGGACUUGUUGUUGUUGUUAGUAGGGCCGGGUGGCUGUUGCUGAUGAUGAUAUGUAGAUGUAGUAUAGAAAAUGAAGGGGGGGAGAUAUGUAGAAGUGAAAGUAGGUAACUUGAGGUAGAUUCUACCUGAUCUGUU